AUGAUAUGUGUGGGGAACUUGUUGAUACCAGAUCAUGAUGCUGGUGUAUUUCUUGUGUACAAGGACCCAAUUGCUUCAAAGCCAUUGGAUAAGAUAGCUGAGGUUGCACUUGGAGGUUUGAUUUGCUGGGAUGGACAGCAUUUCCUCCAAAUUGCAUUACAUGGCUAUCAGCGAGAACCAUCAACAGCAUUCUUCCCCCUCUUCCCCCUGUUUGUUAGAGAGCUCCAUAAUUAUAUCUUCCCAGAUGAAAUGGAGAUUUACAUUUCUCCACAGUGGAGUCUUGCCAUCAUAGGCAUUGUCCUCAAUUUCUUUCUAUUUGUCCUGUCAGCAUUGGCAAUGUUCUGCCUGACUUUUUACAUCUUCCAGGAUCUUAAUUUUGCUGUCACUGCAGGUGAGUACCAGGCUGUUGUGCUCUGGCACCCCAGUUCCAAUCUGGCUUGCUUCAAGACACAUACUGGGAAAAGAUUUUUACCUGGAUCCUCAGCACAAAUGAUUUGGCAGACAAUUUGUGCCCUGUAUUGGCGCACUGCUCGCUGCCCCUCGGUACGGAUCGGGAUUUAA